AUGGCCCCCGCAAUUUCCCUCGACCACACGACCCACGCGGUCGUCCCCGAGUCGAAAGAGACUCCGGCCGCAUUCGCGCCCACUAACGACCUCUUCUCUCUCGCCGGUCGCACCGUCGUAAUUACUGGAGGAGGCCGCGGGCUUGGCAUGACCUUGACCACCGCGGUUCUGGAAGCCGGCGGCGACGUGGUGUGCCUGGAUCUACUCCCCGAGCCCAGCCCCGAGGAAUGGGUUGGGGUUCAGAAGCUGGCCAAGUCGCACGGUCUGCAGGCCACCUACACCAAGUGCGAUAUUACCGACGAGGAGGAGACCAAGGCUCUAUUGGAGCAGAUUGCCGCCGACGCGAAGCAGCGAAACAGGCCGAUGCGCGGACUGAUUACCUGUGCUGGUAUUCAGCAGAUGGUGCCCGCUCUCGACUACCCUGUUGAGGGAUACCGCAAGAUGCUGGAUGUCAACGUACUCGGAACAUUCAUCCCCGCCAAGCACUUCUCUCGCAUUCUGGUCGACCAGAAGUCCGCCGGCAGCAUUGUGAUGAUAGCGUCGAUGUCCGGCCAAAUCGCCAACCGCGGCCUCACCUGCACCGCCUACAACUCCUCCAAGGCCGCCGUCCACCAGAUGUGCCGAUCCGUCGCCCAGGAAUGGGGCCAGCACAACAUCCGCGUCAACACCCUGUCCGCCGGCUACAUCCGCACUGCCAUGACCGACGCCCUGCUCAAGGAGAAGCCCGAGGUCGAGGAGACCUGGAUGCGCGGCGCCCUGCUCGGCCGCCUGGGCGCUCCCGAGGACUUCAAGGGUCCCACCAUCUACAUGCUGACCGACGCCAGCGCCUGGAUGACCGGUGCCGACCUGCGCGUUGAUGGUGGUCAUUGUGCCUCGGCAUAA